ACUCCGUGUGCAAUUCUAGUUGGACAGCAGCCCACUUUAACAGCUUGAUUAACGUUAAGAUGCAGCUUGUUGUGGUGUGGCGCAAUAUAAAGAAAUACUAAAUCAAUUAUCAAUCACGAUGGAGAUUUUGCGGGAUGAUGAAGAACAAGAGCUCAAAUAUAAACGCACGGGUCGUUUGGACAUGAGCCACGGUUUCUUACACCACAUUCGAAGGAACCAGAUUGCCAGAGAUGACUAUGAUAAGCAGGUGAAGCAGGCCAAUGAGCAUCAGAGGCCCAGGCACACCACUACCUCCCGACUCCCCCGACGACCAGACAUCCAAGUGUACCAUCCUCGACGUGGAAAUGGAUCUCAGCCAGGAGUGGGUGCUGAGGAGUGGAAUGAGAGUGGAUCCAGUACAGAGCCAGAGACUCAUGGAACUGAGCUCUUCUGGCUGGACUACCAGGCUGACUCUGGCCAUGUCACCUCCUACAUCGUACUCAAGGAGGAUAAGCCAGAGAGGGUGGUGGAGCGCGUAGCGGAGGAGAAUGUUCUGGACUCCACCAUGAGGAUGGCACUGCAGGCCCGGCUUCGAAAAGAAAUGGAUAAACGGCAGAACAAACGCUAAAGGAGGAGAAUGGAGUUGACAAACAGGGGUGAGGAGGACCAAGAAGCCUCUGUUUACCCUCUGGCCAACCAGUAUGUAAAGAAUGCUAGUAGCAGAGGACUACUGUGGACCCUCAUCCUAAGGGAUUGUAAGCCAGGAUCCAAGUGACCUCACACAGCCAAGCCGUCCCCUCUGUGUGGAAUAGAUUGACUUACAGAAUGGUAGAAAUGGAUCUGACCUCAUAGCUCCUCUAUUGGACUGGCAUUGGCUGUCAACCUGCUCCAAAGGACCUAGCUGAUACAACCUGGACCCCUCUCUGAGCCACACCAGGCCUUAACUGUAACCCCCCCCACCCACCUUUGACCAUUAGGCUGGAGAGCAAAUCCUUUGGUCGUAGCUGUUCUGUUUUUAUUGUGUUUGUUACAAAUGUGCCGUGGUCAUGACUUCGCUCUAUUCUAAUUUAUUUUUGAUUGGCCUAUAUUUUCGGAGACUUUAUUUUUGAUAAUGUACAUUUAUGGAGAGGUCCUUAUUGUUUCAGUAUUACAUACUGUAUAUUAAAUAUAGUUAUUUUCCAAAGGGGUUUAUUAGCUAUUUAUUCACAAAAGGUGGUUGGUUGUAUGCAGAUUAGUGUAUACAGUUUUGGUAAAGGUGUUCAAUAUUGUAUGUUAAUCGAUCUCCUUCUCUUACGCAAUUCCAGGUCAAUGGUUUAAUUUACGACCUGGGUGAUGCAUGGUGAUGGGAGUACCAUUAGUGUGGGGGAGAAGGUCAUGGUUAAAAUUCUAGAUUAUGCGCUUCAUGCAAUCUUAAAUGACAUGGCCAGAUUAGACUCUAGUGCAGGGCUCUCCAACCCUAUUCCUGGAGGGCUACCAACCUGUAGGUUUUCACUCCAACUGAUAAAACUGAAUCAGAUAAAUAUCCCUUAUGCAUUCCAUGACCGACUGUUCAAAGCACGCUUCCUACCGGUGUGGCAAUUUCCGGUGGCGCAUACUAUAGAUGAAAGUCAGUCGGUCUAGUUAUCGAUGAUGUAACAUUACUACUACCUCUGUCGCAGUUUUUUUUUUUUUACUAGGCGUCUUCAGGACUUGCCUCAAAUAUAAUUUUAAUGAUUUACAUCAAAUUAUUAAAUCAGCCAACGAGACUCCAGCUAGCAAGAACGAAAAUUAGUUCAAGGUGUGUCUAUGUAGCUUCCUAUAUACACACACAACUUUGAAGUUGAGGACCAGGUCAGUGACAGAUAUAGCUAGCUACAAUCAUGCUAGCUAGCUAAUUUAACUAGUAACUGUAGCUAGCUAGUUACUUUGUAAAAAUUUGUAACGCUGACAGAAUCUACCUGAGUGUAUUUUUGUUAAGAUUUCUUAAAUUAUGCUUUCUAGCUAUAUUUCCUAGCUAAAAAUAACAACAAUGUAUCUUUGUUAGAUACAUUGAUGAUUGGAGAUCACCAUGAGGAGUGCCUGUCACAGGUUCAUGAGGAAGAGUGAAACCUCACAGCAUGAGAGUAGGGAAAGAUUAUAGAUGGCUACUAGCGACCUUGUUAAACAUCUCCUGUGGGACACUGUCAUCAUGGUAUGUUGGACAGUGUCAACAUUUACUCUUAUUAGAGCUUAAUGAUGGAUCCCAAUUUUGAAUUGCAUACUGAACAGAUUAUUUGGUAAAGAUCUGUUGAUGCAGUGUUUGGUAAUUGUGUUACUAAGACACAAUGUAUUCCUGUAUAGUUAAAUGAGCCCCUAAUUAAGAAGACCAGACACUACUAUGUUUUACUUAUAAGCCACAUCAUUUUUGUUUCUCACUUCAGUCUUUAAUCACACUUAUCUUCACAGAUGGUGUUAAAGCACUCUACCAGUGAUGGUGGUCCAUAGCCACUGCUCCUGUGUUGCAGGAAGUUUUAUGUGCAAUCAUCUGGUGGCCCUUUACCAGACAGCGCACUACUCUCAACUAAACAUUCCUGCUGCACCACCAGUUCACAGCUGCACAGACACAAAACAGCGUUGGCACAAGCCAAGAACACUUGAUAGUCCAUAUCCAUAAAAAAAUGCACCUGAAAAAUAUUCAGCCAAUUGUAUUCCAUCUUGCAUUCUGGUUAUUCUGUGUUUACUUGAUUUCUUUCCCCUAAACUCAUUGCCUAAUUAAAGCCAAUACAAGCUCCACACAAAUGGAUAUUCACUAUAACACAAUUUAUUGAUGCAUGUCAUAGAUAUAAAUACUGCUAGCAAAUAAACGUGUACAUGUAU